UUGAUAUCUGUGACCGGAAGUCGUGUCCUUAAAUGUAGGUCUCUUGACACUGGCUUGGAAAAGAUGGUCAGUCUGUCUUAGGGGCUGGGUUUCUCUUCUUUUAUCCAAGCAAAGAGGAAAAAUCUGUGUUGUAAGCAUGGCGAGACAAAGACAUUGAGUGAACUUUAGGAAAUAAUGAUUUAAAAACCUCCACAGCUUGCCAUGGCCAUAAGGGAACUCAAAGUCUGUCUUUUAGGGGACACAGGGGUUGGAAAGUCCAGCAUUGUGUGCCGUUUUGUGCAGGAUCAUUUUGACCACAACAUCAGCCCCACAAUAGGAGCAUCAUUCCUGACCAAGACGGUGCCAUGUGGAAAUGAACUGCACAAAUUCCUGAUCUGGGAUACAGCAGGACAGGAAAGGUUUCACUCGCUUGCUCCUAUGUACUACCGUGGAUCAGCUGCUGCCGUCAUCGUUUAUGACAUUACAAAACUGGACUCCUUCCAGACACUGAAGAAGUGGGUGAAGGAGCUGAAGGAACACGGUCCAGAGGACAUUGUUGUAGCCAUAGCAGGGAACAAGAACGACUUAGGAGACAUCAGGGAAGUGCCUAUGAAGGAAGCUAAGGAGUUUGCUGAGUCAAUUGCAGCUAUUUUCAUCGAGACUAGUGCCAGAAAUGCUGUCAAUGUUGAGGAGCUCUUUCAGAAAAUCAGUAAACAGAUUCCGCCCCUGGAAAACCCUGAAGUGGACAGCAACGAAUCAUUUAAACUCACCCGGCAGCCGCCUCCGUCCACCAGACGAUGCUGCUAGUACCAGCAAACGCCGAUGAAAUGAUCACCUUCAGCUCCAGGGACCUCCGCCCAGUCACCUCAGUGCACAGUCCACACAGCACACAAUGCCUUUUUCCAUGGAAAGAGAAGCACAGUGGACAGACAGAGAGGCAAGCUUUGAUUUGAGGUCAAGUGCAACAUUAAACAGAAAAGAGCAGUAUUAGAUAGGUCACUGCUAAAAAUCCCCGCACAUUUUACCGAACUAUUGCAGUGACUCCAGCUCUGAUGAGGACAGGGAGCAGAAAGCCUUCAGUUUGUCCCCCUCAGGUGGUGUUUUGCUCAAAUUACAACUUGCUUUUGUAGCUCUACCAGUGCUGUAUGGUGCAUAGUAUAUUACAAGUAGGCAUAACAGUUUAGUUAGUAUCUGUUUUAUCCCAUGAUCCAUAAUAACUUGUAAAACAAGCAAAAAUGAAUAGCAAGUCAUCUAGUUGAUCUAGUUGAUGUGCCUUAUAAACCUGGGCUUGGAUUGUUUAUACAAUAUUACAUAUUCAGUUUCUCUCCCGGAGCUGUUGUGUGCAUGUAUGUAUCACACAUGUUUAGAAUUUCAUCAGAUUAUUUGAACAGUAGGUUGUCAGGAUGUAGCCAGAAUGAGCAUACAUUUCUAUUACUCAGUUGCAGUGGCUUCACAUUCCAGUUUGCCAUGUGUUGUAAUACAUAUCGGCUAUGUAAGGGUUUAACUAUAAUGCUGUAGACUGACCAGCUUCAAAGCCCAAAUUGUAAUUGCAGUAUGACACCCCCUGUUUGAACACUGUGACCCACUACCAGCUUUGUUUACAUAGCAGUUCAUUGAAAAUGUUUUUUUUUUUACUCUCUCAAAUGUAUCGUCUGAGCAUGUUAUACAGGGACUGACAGCAUAUGACUGCCAAACAUGAGUUUUCCAUUCCAGCAGAAAAAGGGUUACAUUUGGAUGGUCUAGAGUGAAGUAGGCCUGCGUUUUGCCUCAUGAUGGGCCCAUGAAUCUCCAAACAGCUUGUUUCCUACGCUACCAUAACUCUGAAAGAAUGUA